AUGUCUUCUUUACAACCCUUGAUCCUGUACCGCUAUCACGAUGGCCCAAUUGCACCGAAUCCGUGGAAAAUUGUCAUCUUUUUCUACGAAUUGAAUCUCACUUUCGAGAUGCGGACUCUUGACCGAAUGGAUCCUGAAGUACGAAAAUCAGCUCCUCUCGUGGACAUCACCCCGAACAGUCGCAUGCCAGCACUUGUGGACCCAAACAAGAACGUCAAGCUCUGGGAGAGUGGAGCGAUUAUUGAGUAUCUUCUCGAAGUUUAUGAUCCCGACCACCGACUAAGCUACGCCACCGAGCCUGAGAAGUGGCAACAAAAUGCAUGGAAGCAUUUCCAAACAAGCGGCCAAGGCCCAUAUAUUGGCCAGCUUAGCUGGUUCAGAUUCUUGCAUGAGGAGAAGCUUCCGAGUGCCAUCUCCCGGUACGAAGCCGAGCUUCGUCGCAUUUUGGGCGUGAUCGACGCGCACCUUGCGCGGACGGGUCAGCCGUAUCUUGUGGGAUCGAAGUUGAGCUUCGCCGACUUGAUGUUUGUGCCGUACAACAUUCUUAUCCUUAUGUUCUUUAUGGGACAAUCGUUCGCAGGGGAGUGGAAGGACAAGUUCCCCAGCUGCUGGGCGUGGCACGAAAGACUUCUGCAGGUUGAGAGCGUGCAAAGAGCAGAAGCUUUUGUUCAGAAGAGCGCAACAGAGAGGCCUGGUAAGGAGGCCGAAGUCGAGGCGCCUAAAUAG